AUGCUGUCGAACGGGAGUCGCAAGAAGAAGAUCAGAGCUCCAAGGAAAGUGAUGGAUUUUGAAAAAUCAUGGGCUGUCUUAGCCGCUGCCAUAAGAGAAAUUGAAAAUAAAAACGCUUAUGAACUUUCAUUUGAAGAAUUAUAUAGAAAAUCUUAUAAUUUGGUAUUAAGGAAAUAUGGGAAACAAUUAUAUGAAUCUGUUAAACUAUUGAUUGGUGAUUAUUUACUAGGUUUAAAAGAUCAUUUAAACAAAGAAUAUGAUUUAACUAAUGAUAAUAAAUUGGAUUAUUUAAAAGAUAUAAAAGACAAAUGGGAAGAUCAUAUUCUUGCAAUGAGAAUGAUUAGUGAUGUAUUAAUGUAUUUGGAUAGAGUUUAUGCUAAAGAAAAUCAUUUACCUUUAAUUUAUGAUGUGGGGAUAAAUUUAUUUCGUGAUAAUUUAAUAAAAUUUAACUCAAAUACCAUUGGUAAUCAAUUAAAUAUGUUAAUAAUGGAUGAAAUAACUUCAAAUCGAAAUGGGUUAAUUAUUGAUAUUUUUUUAAUAAAAUCAAUUAUAAAUAUGUUUGAAUCAUUAAUUGAAGAUGAAAAAAACAUUGAAUUAGGUGAAAAUUAUUAUUUAAAAUAUUUUGAACCUUUUUAUUUAAACAAGACUUUUGAAUAUUAUGAAAAACAAAGUAAUGAAAUCUUGGAUUUACAAAAUGGUACCAUAUAUUUAAAAAUGAUUAAUGAAUUAAUUAUAAAUGAAGAAAAUAAAUCUAUAUUAUAUCUACCCAAUAUAACAUAUCCAAAAUUAAUUAAAUUAAUUGAUGAAAUAUUAAUUUCAUCCAAGAUUGAUCAAGUUAUGAAAUUUAAUAAUGAAGGUUUAAAAAAUUGGAUCUUGAAUGAAAAAUAUGAUGAUUUAAAUCUCUUGUAUAAAUUAUUAUCAAGAGUUGAUUAUUUUGAUGGAUUUAAAUUACAAAUUAAUGAAAUUAUAUUAGAAGAAGGUUCAUCAUUAGAAUCAAAUGAUAUAGUGGAAACAAUACCAGGUGAUGGCAAUAACAAAAACAACAAAAAUUCAUCUAAAAAGGCAACAACAUCACAAGCAUUAUUAUGGAUUGAAAAAAUUAUAAAAUUAAAAGAUAAAUAUGAUUUAAUUUUGAAAAGUUUAAACAAUGAUUUGAAUUUACAAAAAACUAUAGAAAAUUCAUUUGUGGAAUUUUUAAAUAAAAAUUCUAAAUUAUCUGAAUAUUUAUCAUUAUUUAUUGAUGAUUUAAUUAAAAAAUCUGGAAAUAAAUCAGAAGAAGAAAUUGAAAUAAUUUUAAAUAAAUCAAUAAUCAUAUUUAGAUUUAUUAAAGAUAAAGAUUUAUUUGAAAAAUAUUAUAAAAAUCAUUUAGCCAAAAGAUUAUUGAAAAAUUCAAAUGAUUUAGAAAGAGUUGUUAUUGCCAAGAUUAAAAAUGAAAUUGGUUCAUCAUUCACAUCAAAAUUAGAAGGAAUGUUUAGAGAUAUAAAUUUAUCAAAAGAAGUUUCUAAAAAAUUUAAUUCCAAGAUUUUUGAAAUUAAUGUUUUAACUAAAACUUUUUGGCCUAUUCAACCAACAACAAAUAAUGAAGAAAUUAUAUUACCUCAACAAUUAGAAUCCCUUAAGAGAAAAUUUAAUGAUUAUUAUUUAAAUUUAUAUAAUGGUAGAAAUUUAAAUUGGUCUUUUAAUUUUGGUUCAAUUGAUAUAAGAAUUAAAUUUGAUAAAAAAAUUCAUGAAUUAAAUAUGUCAAUAUAUUGUGGUAUUAUCGUAUUAUUAUUUGAAGAAAAUGAUGAAUUAACAUUUAGUCAAAUUGAAACAUUAACUCAAAUACCAAAAUCUGAUUUAAUUAGAAGUUUACAAUCAAUUGCAGUGGCACCAAGAACAAGAAUCUUGACCAAGAAACCAAUGUCCAAAGAUAUUAAACCAAAUGAUUUAUUUAAAUUUAAUAAUUCUUUUAGUUCCCCCAUGACAAAAGUUAAAAUUUUAACAGUGGCAAAUAAAAUUGAAAAUGAUUCUGAAAGAAAUAAAACAAUGGAAAAAAUUGAUGAAGAUAGAAAAUUUGAAUUAGAUGCAGCAAUUGUUAGAAUUAUGAAAAGUAGGAAAACACUAAGACAUAAUGAAUUAAUUGUGGAAACUGUUAAACAAAUUACAAGAUUUAAACCAUCACCACAAUUUAUUAAAAAAAGAAUUGAAGCAUUAUUAGAAAGGGAAUAUUUACAAAGAGAUAAAGAUGAUAGAGGAAUUUAUCAUUAUUUGGCAUAA